AUGGCAGCAGCUCACCACUUCGACUGCGUCGUCUUGGGCGGCGGCAGCGGCGGAAUUGCCUUCGCCAGAAGAGCUGCAACUUAUGGGGCGAAAGUGGCGCUGGUGGAGCGCAGCCGCAUGGGGGGCACUUGUGUGAACGUGGGCUGCGUGCCGAAAAAGAUCAUGUGGUGCGCCGCGAACGCCUUCGAAAGCCUGCACGGCAUGAGGCACUUGGGAGUGGAAUUCAGCGACCCUCCGCGUUUAAAUUGGCAAAAACUUGUGCAAAAUCGCGAAAAUUACAUCAAAAGACUCAACCGCAUUUACGAGGACAACCUCGACAAGUCCCAAGUCCGCCGCUUCUACGGCUUUGCAACUCUCAACCCCCAAAACCACUCCGACGGCCAACACGUCGUGCUGGUCAAUUCUUCGAAAGAAGAAGCAGCAAAGGGCGCGGAGCCUCUGCAGCGGCUCACUGCCAAGCACGUGCUCAUUGCCACGGGCGGUCGUCCGAGCCCGCUGGGCGUGCCUGGGGGCGAGUUGUGCAUCGACAGCGCGGGUUUUUUCGCGCUGCAGCAGCAGCCGCGGAAAGUGGGCGUUGUGGGCGGCGGCUAUAUUGCUGUUGAACUUGCUGCUGUGCUGCAGUCGCUGGGGUCGGAGACGCACUUCUUUUGCAGGCAGCACGCGCCUCUCCGCAAGUUCGACUCCAUGAUUCAGCAGCAGAACCUCGCCAACAUGCGCCGCCUCGGCAUCCAG